AUGGCAACCUUCUUUCAGUCGUUCCGGAGCUCCUCUAUGCCCAAGAGGCUGCUCCGGUAUGCUCUGUCCCGAUUAGAACUUCUCGACGCCGAUGCUCUGGAGAUGGAUAACCUAGAUCUGGCAAUAGGAAGGAACACGGUCUUUGAAUUUCGUGAUGUCGGGAUUAAAUUAAAGAAACUCAAUAAGCUGCUCCAGCUCCCCGACACAUUCAAGUUGAAAAAGGCAAAGGUCUUGUUGCUGCGAGUGACAAUACCUAUGGACUUUUACACAAGUCCUAUAAUAGUUGAAGUCGAUGGCGUCGAUAUCGCCUUGCAAGUUAUAGGUACCGAAUCGAAACAGAGUCGUUCGUCAGGGACAAGAACACCGGAAGAAACCGUCGCUGUACCGAAUACCGUAGAUCUCGCGCAAUCAUUUCUCGAAACACAACCAAAGUCAGAGCGCCGGAAGCUUGAAGAUGCGCUAGCAGCCGAAAGUCAGGACCUGGGUGCUUCGGUGUCGAUGAGUGACGAUGGAAGCGAAGAUGACUUGGCAUAUGGGACGGGUCAAGCGCUCUCCCUACCAGCGUUCUUGGCCGACUUCCUCCAGGGUAUUGUUGAUCGCAUGCAGGUUAGGAUAAAGGGUGUCAACUUUCAACUCGAUGUCGAGGUACUUGUCGAGCCAAGUUCUACUACGACUGAGAUGGUGUCAUUCCAGGUUGCGCUGGAGGGUAUCGACGUUGAAGGCGUCACUACUCGAUCUUAUGACGACGCUGGAUUCCCAACCAUCGUACCCAAGGAAGGCAAACGACAUGUCUCUUUAUCGAACGUAAGGGCGUAUCUCAUUUCUGAAGCAAACGUCUUUUCCGCCCUAGCGAAAUCUCCUUCAAUCGCAUCGCCAUCUCUUGCUUCCUCCCCAGCCAUGACACGAAAUCCGCCAUCACGCCAGGCAACGGAACUCUCACUAGCCAGUCUCCAGGACGAGUCUGUAUCAUCACCCCAGGCGAGCAUCCGAUCUAAUGAGCCGGAAUCGAUGUCCCACUAUAGUCUUCCUGACGACGAUCCUAUCAUCUCUUCACAACAUAGUAUCGACCAACGGCUUGCGAGUUCUUUGCGACCAAGUCUCCAAGACGAGGAUCUCCUGGAUGGUUCACAACAAAGCCUUCAGGACGACUACUUUAUGGAUCAAGAGCCUGUAGAGCAGGAUUAUCCCUUGGGUGAUAGUGAGAAUGCACUUGGAAUUCCAUACGAGUUUUCGAGUCCCCAAGACGACAACGAAGAUAGCCCAGCAACUCCCCGGGCUUCGAUGUAUCACGAUUUCCACAACGCAGCUAAUGACGAAACAUUAUUCCACUCGAUCUUGCUUCCUGAACAUGGUUCCCAAUCGAGCGCUUUAGAAAACGAGAGACCAAUGUGGGCGACCCCAGAACGAGAGGCUCGAUCUGCUCCCAAUCUUGAAACCCCGACAACGCAAGUCACCAUGGAAGCAUCCAACUCAAGUAUACCAAACGAGCAGCUUAGUCGGACCUCAUCGAGUGAGAGUUUUGGAAUUGCGUCAACCGAAGAAUUGGCACAGUCUCACAUGUACACACACGAAGAGGCGGAAAGUAUGUAUAUGAGCGCUUUCUCGCAAACCAACGCGCAAUCAGCAACCAUUCCGUCGCCUGUUAACUUGUCGCCUGUUGUUUCUCAUGACAAUUUAACAUCACUCGAGCCCCAAGAUGAGCCAGCUCCAGAGACGGAACAGUUGGUUGAGCCAGAAAAACCAGACUCGCCAGUCUUGGAUGCCAGCGUCCCCGAACUAGCCCGGCCUCAGACUCCCGAACCGGAACCUGCAAGCCCUGAAGCACCAAUUACCAAAACACCAAGUCCUAGAGCACCGAGUCCUAAAGCGGCAAGUCUCAAGGCAUCGAGUCCCAGAGCACCAAGCCCUAUCACAGAAGAUGCGCCGCCCCCUGUGAAAGAAAAUCGCAAACCCGAUGGUUUCAUUCCAGGUGCUUGGGAUGACGAGUAUGAUGACCCAGAAGAAGAACAUGUGGCAUCGACGACUUUGAGACGAUCAGCAUAUCGCAGCACACAUUUGCCUGAUCCGGCGGAUAAUUCUGAUAGUGAAUCUUCUGAGCCUGCUUUUUCUAGGGCCUGUCUCACUGAUAUCAAUCCAGAGAAAUCAAGCUCCAAACAGCAAGAAGACGUUGCUACUCCAAAGGGUCCGACUCGCCUCGUGAAGGAACUCUUGAACCUAAAGACCAUAUCGAUAUAUAUCCCAUCGCAACAUAAGCACAUACAAGUUCAACCCGCAUCUCCAGAGUCCGUGGCCCAGCUAUCGCAGUCUCUUGGUCAAUCAGCCUAUCCUCAAGCACCAGGUGCCUUCUCUGUACACGGAGCUGCCCAUGCACAACAGCGCAGUAGCCAAAGCAGUUCAGAUGUCGAAAGUACCCUGGAAGUCGAUCUAUCGCCAAUUAAUCUUCGUUUUGACGCCUCCCUUGGCUUUUUACUUGCUAUGGUUCUUGGGAAGUUGCUUGACGCCGUCAAAGAUAAGAAACCAACUCCAACAGAGGAGAGCAAGCAGGAGACACCUUCGAAAGAGCCACCUAACGUCAAGGUAACAUUUGAAGAGAUCAAGCUCGACUUUGUUAAUCGUUUGGGCGGAAUCUCGGACACUCCUGAACGAUACUUGGAUCCUUCCGCGUUCAUAUUUGACCAGGAAGUUCUCCUCAACGCAACCUUGCAAAACUUAUCUAUCUCCAUCUCCCAGACGGAAGUAUCAACGGCUCCUGUUACCAAGGGAAGGUUGAAGACACAGCCAGCUGUUCUGACCAGGAUAGAUUUACAAAAGUUCCGAUUCGGCUAUGCGAAUGGCGAUAUCAUCUCCUUCGAUAGUGGCAAGCCUAUGAGCACAUCUGUUAGGGACACCUUCCUUGCCGAUGGGACCGACAUUGGUGUCAAGAUUCUUCAAUCAGGCGGCAAUACCAAAACAGAUGUACAGACAUUACCUCUUGUUUUCCAGCUUGAUCUACGACGACUCGACGAGACCUUUAGUUGGUUUGGUGGUUUAAGCAGUUUCCUUAACAUGAGUGCUUCGAUCGCCUCAAGUCCUGCCCCAACACCAAAACCGGUCACUGUUGCACAUAAACCCCGAGGAGUUCGAUUUGACACUCCAGUCGACCCAGACGACAAAUCCGCGGCAUCAGAGAACAAGAUCAAUCUGCGUAUUGGAGGCUCGUGGGUGGAACUCAUUGGAAAAGACUGCAGCAUGAUCGCCGAAACAAGUGCUAUCAAGCUCAUAAGUCGAGACGAAGUCAUUGGCGUGGCUUGUAGUAUGAUACGGGUAUCUGGACCUCACCUGAAGAACUCGACGGCCGAACCCCCUAUCAAUGCCGAAAUUGGUGGUGUUCGGGUGGAGUUCUUGACAACUCCCAAAAACAGCGAUCUUGAAAAACUCCUCGAGCUGAUUAUACCUUCGAAACAUCAGUUUGAUGGGGAGAACGACGAGAUUAUGGUAGACACCCUCCUACGCCAGCGAAGAAACGGCUCGGUUUUGAGGGUUAACGUGGACACAGUCAGUGUUCGAGUGCAAAAUAUGCCGCUGCUUUCCGUUUUGCCCAAUCUUGGCGAAGAGGUCGCAAAGCUUUCUACUGUUGCCAAGUAUCUACCUGAGGACGACCGCCCUGGCUUGUUGACCUUGGCCAAAGUUAAAAAGGUCGCCUUGAGCCUGGACUUUGGUGGCAAGUUAGGCCAUCUGGGUACUGACAUACAAGAUCUCCAUAUCAGUCACAUUUCUAUCCCCUCACUCGUUGCUAUCGCUUUGCACGGCAUUUCGCUACAAAGGAAUAGGUCGGAAGAACUGGUCAGCACGUCUCCAUACGGCGCCAAGGACAUUUCACUUCGUAGCCCGGUCUUGAUGGCACGAAUGAUUGGUGAUGAGAUCGAACCAGUUAUCAAGUUGAAGAUGCAAGAUCUAUGUAUUGAGUACCGUGUACCCACCAUCAUGGACCUACUUGAGCUUGGAGAAGAUGCAACUCCACAAGACUUUGAAGCCAGUCUUGCUGCUUCGGUGGCAAAUCUUGGCGAUCAAGCGCACCAUGCCUUGGCCGGCUCCCCUGGAUCUCCUGGAGGCAAAACCAAGAGCGGGAAACCUAUGACUCUAGACAUUGGGUUCCGAGAUUGCCUUUUGGGACUCAACCCGCUGGGUCAGCCCUCAAAAAUGGUGAUUGCGCUUACAGAUGCCCAUCUCGUGGCUCUGUUGCCCGAGGAUGUCGAGACAAAUGCUGUCUUUACCAUUAACAAGUCAUCCAUUCUUCUCAUCAACGAUGUUGCUGAAAUUAAGACGAACGAACUGUCUGCCACCCAGCGUCCUCGAGCCGCGUCUUCGACAUCUCGCCAGGUAGCAGACAUGUGUACCAGAGGAUAUGUUGAUAUUUGCUACAUCUCCUCUGCCAAGGUUACCGUUGAUGUCAAGGAACUCGAGGAUGGAGAAAAACAACUCGUUGUUGAGCUGAAAGAUGACCUGCUUGUUUUGGAAACUUGCGCGGAUUCAAUGCAGACUCUGAUUUCAUUGGCAAAUGCCCUGAAGCCUCCAACCCCACCAAGUAAGGAGAAUAAGUAUCUGACGGACGUAGUGCCUAUGCAGGAUCUGCUUGCUUCAAUAUCUGCUGAGGCCUUUGGUAGGCCCGAAGGCGAGUACGAUUUUGAUCAAGACUUUGCUGGUGCCCAAGAGAUGGCUGGCAGUGGCUCAGAAGCCGACUACAACACGGACAGCCCGUUGCAAGUACAGUCUCGGUAUUACGAUGAACCUGUCGCCGAGGAGCUUUUUGACGCAACAAGCAGCUCCAUAAUCUCUCGUGGAUCUCACCGUUCUGGUGGCCCUCUGAUGGAAGACACCAACGAGGGUGUUUUACUGACAGGCUUCGAACCGACUAGCCAACAGAGUAUAGACUCUGACGAUUUGGUCAUUCACGACGAUUACUAUGGUUCGGGGGUGUCAAAAGAUAGCAAGGCCAAGGUUUGGAACUCGAAGAAGAACAGCUAUGAUGGAGCACCAAGCGAUUUAGUCAGGCGAAGCAUUUUGAAAGUCAAGGUGCGAGACGUACAUGUCAUAUGGAACCUCUUUGACGGCUACGACUGGGUUCAUACUCGAGAUGUCAUAACAAAGGCAGUCCAAGAUGUUGAAGCCAAGGCUUAUGAACGACAAGCCCGAGCCGGUCAGGUCCAUGUGUAUGAGGAAGAAUUGGAAGAUGAAGAGGCCAUCGGAGACUUUCUCUUCAACUCGAUUUACAUAGGGAUCCCAGCUAACCGCGAUCCUCAAGAGCUAUCUCGCGCCAUCAAUGAAGGGUUCAAUGACAACGCAACCGAAACCGAGUCUGUUGCUACCACAGCCUUUACUUCAGCGACCAACAGAACGGCACGCGCUCGUCCUCGAUCAAAGCGACUCAAACUGAAGCGCAGCAAGCACCACAAGAUUACCUUUGAGUUGCAAGGUGUCGACGCGGACUUGUUCGUUUUCCCACCCAACUCGGGCGAAACACUCAACAGCAUUGAUAUUCGCAUCAAGAAUCUUGAUGUCUUUGAUCAUGUCCCAACCUCAACAUGGAAGAAAUUCGCGACGUAUGACCAAGAUAUGGGCGAGCGAGAGAUGGGCACAAGCAUGGUACACCUCGAAAUGCUCAAUGUUAAGCCCCAACCAUCCCUCGAGGCGUCCGAGAUUGUGCUGCGGGCAACAAUUCUGCCUUUGAGGCUCCACGUUGACCAGGAUGCUCUUGACUUUAUUACACGAUUCUUCGAGUUCAAGGACGACCAAGUACCUGUUCACACGUCCAAGAGCGACGUGCCAUUCCUUCAGAGAGCCGAAAUCAACAACAUAUCGGUCAAGCUGGAUUUCAAGCCGAAACGAGUCGACUAUGCUGGACUUCGGUCCGGACAUACCACCGAGUUUAUGAACUUUAUCGUCCUGGAAGAGGCAAGAAUGGUCCUUCGCCAUGUGAUCAUCUACGGCAUCUCUGGAUUCGAAAAGCUUGGCAUAACUCUUAACGAUAUUUGGACGCCCGAUGUCAAGGCAAAUCAACUUCCUGGCAUUCUAGCUGGUCUUGCACCUGUGCGGUCACUCGUCAACGUGGGCAGUGGCUUCAAAGAUCUUGUCGAAGUACCUAUUCGCGAAUACAAGAAGGAUGGACGUGUCAUUCGCAGCAUUUCCAAGGGUGCCACUGCCUUUGCUCGCACUACAGGUACCGAGCUGGUGAAGUUAGGUGCCAAACUUGCUGUCGGCACACAAUACGCGCUGCAGGGUGCAGAAGGCAUGCUUUCCGGCCCCCAACAAGUGUAUGAAGGAUGGGAUGAGGAUGAUGUAGAUCCUGACGAGCAGAGACAAAUUUCUCUAUAUGCAGAUCAACCUACUGGGGUGAUUUCGGGUAUUAGAGGUGGUUACCGCUCCCUCGCUAGAGACGUGAAUCUCGUUCGGGAUGCCAUCAUUGCUGUUCCUGGCGAGGUCAUGGAAAGUUCUUCAGCGUCUGGCGCCGCGAAGGCUGUUUUGAAACGUGCCCCAACUAUCAUCUUCCGACCUGCUGUUGGUGUUACAAGAGCAAUCGGACAAACACUGAUGGGCGCGACGAAUUCGAUUGAUCCAAAUAACAGGCGCCGAAUUGAGGAGAAAUACAAACGGUACUGA